CAACUUGCAAAAUAAUUCAAAAAUUAUAUAGCGGCUUUUUUUUCCUCCAUUCAUUUCGGCUGUUCCAUUUGGUUAUAAGGUUCGAUUUCGAACGAAACUCACACGGUAUCAUUUUAUUAUUCGGGUCGUAUCUACGGGUAACCAAAAGAAAAACAAAACAAAGACAAACGAAUUUUUGGGUUCCAAAAAAUUUUUUUGAACAUUUUUUUGAAAUUUCUGUUUUUUUCUUUUAUUAUUGAUCCUGGAUCAUGAACUCCUAUCAGAAUAAGAAUGUCAUCUUUAAACGAAUACAAGCCGAUUUAAAAAAUAAAUGUCUUAUUGUUUAUUAUGAUUCAAUUUCGGAACAAAAACAACAAAUAUUUACAAAUUGUAAACAAAUCAUCAAAAUCAAUAAACCAGCAAAUAAAAAUUUAAAUAUUGAAAAAAUUGCUCGAAAAAUUCUAAGAAAAAGUCAUGUGAUACCUUAUAUUCAUUAUUAUGAAUUGGUUGGUCAACUGAUUGAAUUGGAUAGAAAAUGUUCAAUAACACCCGCAUCAUAUGAUUCACUUCCAUUAUCAACAUAUAAUUUUCUUAGUUUUAAUCUUUCGUCUGAUGUUAUUGAACAUUUGGAUUCAAUAAUUCCAAUAUCAAUUAUAUCGAUAAAAGAUUUGGAUAGUUAUAUUGAAUUUUUAUAUGAAGAACUUGAUGAUAAAAUUAAAGGUGCCUAUCUUAUAUUGAAAUCAUUAUCACAGGUUGAUUGUAUGAUUGAAAAUCUUUGUAAAAAUGAUACAUUAUUAUGUGCAUUAAGUCGAGUAUUUCGUGAAGAUGGAAAAAAAUCUCUUGAACUUUCAAUUUGUAUUGCCUGUAUAUUUGGUCAUUUUAGUAAAUAUUCGGAUUUUCAUUUUGCCAUUACAAAUUAUAAAGUUGAUAUAAAAUUAGAAUAUAAAAUUCAUCAAAAAGGAAUUGUAUCAAUAUUGGGCAAAUUACUUGAACGUAAUAAUCAAGAAUUGCUUUUGAUUGUAAUAUUAUUUUUGAAAAAAUUAUCCGUUUUCAUUGAGGAUAAAAUUCAAAUCAAAGAAUUAUCCAUUUAUAAAAAUUUAACACCAUUAUUGUAUUUGGAUAAUGAAUUACUUAUUAUCAAUACUUUAAAAUUAUUAUAUAAUUUAAUGAUUGAUAGAGAUAUUCGUUUAUAUUUAGUUCGUUCGGGUAUUGUACCAAAAUUAAUAUCAUUUUUUCUUAAAGAUCAUUAUACAUCUGUUAUUGUUUCAAUAUUUUAUUUGAUUAGUUGUGAAACAAAAUUCAUACCAAUAUUCAAACAAAAUGAACAAAUGAUUGAUUUGUUAAUGGAAAAAAUAUUCAUCAAUAUUGAUUAUAAACCAAUUAUCAUUCGAUUAUUAACAAAUUUGGCUAUAAAUGAAGAUUUAGCAUCAAUGAUGGUGAUAAAUAAUAAGAAUAAAAAUCGUUUUCAUGAAUUAAUCAAUUCAGCAAUUGUUGAUAAUAAUAUUCAUCUUUAUCAAUUAUGUCGUAAUAUUACUUGUCAUCAGAAUGAUAAUAUAAAAUUUGAUUCAACAACAAUAAACAGUUUAUUCGAAAUGAUAAAACAAUCGAAUAAUAAUAUGUUACUGGAAAUACAGAUUGAAUGUUUGGCUAUUUUAACUAAUCUUGCUCCCGUUAUCGACAUUGGUCAUUGGAUACGUUUAUUGGAAAAAUAUUCAUUUAUUGAUUUUAUUAAAAAUUAUCGUAUUACAGAUAAAAAAACAAAACAAUCUGAAUUUUUAAGUUAUUUAUUGAAUAUGGUGGCCAAAGCUAUUAUUACAUCAUCACCAUCAUCUAAUAACGAUACAGAAUUGGUCAAUUAUCUUAUCGAUCAUCAGUGGAUUGAUCAUCUAUUAAAUAUAAUAAAUUUAAAUCAAGAAAAUGAUCAAAUAAUAUCGAAUGCUAUUUAUUGUCUUUAUGUACUAAUCAAACAAAUCGAUAAUGAUCAAAAAAUAGUGGAAUUAUGUCAAAAUAAUAAACUAACUGAUUAUCUUAUUGAAUUAAUGUAUGAUAAAAAUUAUCGUAUAAAAACAUUAUGUAAUUUUACAUUGGAUUUAUUGGCCGAUAAUUGUGAUAGUGAACAAGCCAAUAAUUUAGCCAAACGUAUAUGUUCGGAAAAAUUUAAUGCACAUAAUAAUAAAUGGUUAAGUAUGGUACGUGCACAAUCUAGCUCAAGCGAAUCAAAUAAUCUAUUGGAAGAUAUGUUCAUUUAUCCGGAUCUUUUUCUUAAAAUGGAUGUCCUAUGUGAUGAUGAUUCGAAUUCAGAAACGUUUUCGGAUGAAAAUGUCAAUUGAUCAUUAUCAACAAAAAAGAAUUCGAUAAGGUAUUGUUUAAAGUGAAAAUGUGUUUGUCAAUGAAAUAAUCAUUGGUUAUGAA